AGUCAGAAAAGUAUUCUCCGAUAAUAAAGCCCGUAAAAAUAUACGGGGCGAGUACCAUUUACAUGGAAUACAUGGUUUUUAUUACCCUUAUGUUUGUAGUUUUAUUUUGAAAGAUGAGACCGGAAACGCAGCAGCUGAAUUGUGCGGCUUUGUUUGCGAGAAAAGAACUGGAGGGAAAAAAAAGAGAAAAAAACGAAGGAAAAAAGGCCUAUCUGAGAGCUUUGAGGGGCGGAUUUCGACAAAGUUUCCCAACUGUCCCGUCCUGAGGAAGCUUCAAGGGGUGGAAAAGGAGUCCAGUUCACCGAAAUAAUGGACGAAUCCCAUUUCAACUCAUCAUACUUUUGGUCUCCCGUCCCCACUGUACAAGGACAGAUUGAGAACGCCAUGUUCCUCAACAAGGCAAAGGAACAGCUGGGUCCAGACAAGGUCAACGCACCCGCCUUCCCGCACUCUUCUGCGUCUUCCACCUCUUCCCCUCACUACCCAACAGCUGUGCUCGCUAUCCCGGGUUCAGUGGAUGCAGGGUCUGGGCUGCGGGUGGUCCCUAAACAGGAAGGAGGUGGGAAUACAUCAGGAGGAGGUGGUAACAGCGGUAAUGCAACCAUGAGUGGAGUUGGGGGACAUCUACACCAGUCACACACCUCCCAGAACGUCACGGUUGUUCCUGUUCCUUCGACCGGGAUCAUGACUUCAGCGGGUUUAGUGAUCACCACCCCUCAAGGCACACUGGUACCAACUGCCUCCACGCAGUCGUUUGUAACUGGACACCCCACGGCUACCACCAUGAUAGUGUCUGCGAUGCACCCCUCAAACACAGUGUCUUUUCUUCCAGAUAAGAAGGAGGAUAUUAAUGUUUCUCCAGCCGUUGUCAUGCCAACGCCAUCAAAGCGAGGGAGGAAGAGCAAACAGGUGAUGAGCAGAGUCGGUGGGAUUCUCCCUCCAGGAAGUGAUGCAUUAAUUUUAGCCCAUCUUGCUGCUGGUGGACAGCAUCACUCUGCUGACCCAUAUGAUCUGUCAAAUGAUGAGGAUGAUCAUACCAUCAAAGAUGGACCCAAGUCUUACAGGUGUCGGAUGUGUGCAGUGACGUUCUUCAGCAAGUCAGACAUGCAGAUUCACGCCAAGUCCCACACCGAGGCCAAGCCCCACAAGUGCCCCCACUGCUCCAAGUCAUUUGCCAACUCCAGCUACCUGUCCCAGCACAUCCGUAUCCACAGCGGGGCCAAGCCCUACUCCUGCACCUAUUGCCAGAAAACAUUCAGGCAGCUCAGUCACCUACAGCAGCACACACGAAACCACACUGAGGCCAAGCCCCACAAGUGUCCCCACUGCUCCAAGUCGUUUGCCAACUCCAGCUACCUGUCCCAGCACAUCCGCAUCCACACGGGGGCCAAGCCCUACACCUGCUCCUACUGCCAGAAAACAUUCAGGCAGCUCAGUCACCUACAGCAACACACACGAAUUCACACUGGCGACCGACCGUACAAAUGUAGCCAUCCUGGCUGUGAAAAGGCUUUCACUCAGCUGUCCAACCUGCAGUCCCACCGUCGGCAGCACAACAAAGAUAAGCCCUUCAAGUGUCACAACUGUAACCGUGGUUACACAGACGCUGCCAGCCUGGAGGUUCACCUGUCUACACACACCGUCAAACACGCCAAGUUGUUCUCCUGCGGCCUCUGCAACAGAUCCUACACAUCAGAGACAUACUUGAUGAAACACAUGCAGAAGCACAACCCCGACCCAUUAACAGUGGCAGCGACGGUAGCCGCCCAGCAGGCCCAGGGUCUGACAGCGGGUGGAGGAGGGGGGCGGGGCCGAGGUCGUGGUCGGGGCAGAGGCGGCGGCAGAGCAAGCCAGCUUCAAAACCAGAAUAACCCGAACAACGCCAAUCAGAACCCUGGACCCCCAGGGAGCUACCAGCCGACCCAGCAGCCCUCUGACGGUAUCGUUUCGUGUCCAUUCGAUCUGCACCAGUACAAGACGGUGUCGGCCAGUGAGAUCCAGUACAAACCAGUCAGUGUAGGUGACCUGCCAGUGACCCAUAAAGACCUCUGUCUAACCGUCUCCACGUCAGCCAUACAGGUGGAGCACAUGAACUCGUAGGCUGCGUCCUACGGCUCUGUUGGGACGUUACUGAUAAUCUGCAGUGUAAAAAGCUCCAUUUGAUUCACCGUCAUCCAUCUUUACAGUCCUCUUAAAACAAAAAGAAACCAGAAACCUGGCUGAGAAAGGAAAAACUGUUACCAUCCUGAUCAGCCAGCCGGUUCUGACCCUGACUCCCAACGGUGUUCUGUUUAUAUUCACUGUCAAGUAGCUCUGAAGGGCAUGUUAAAGGGAUCAGUGUGAAAUUGCAAUACAAUCAGGAGAUAGAAGUCAAGCUUAGUUCACCCGAUUCUGAAGCAUCAACUUUAAGCUCCAGGUUGGAUCCCAGAGGAUCUGCAGUGUGUUGAGUUCAGGUACCUCUGAGUGGGAAAGCUGGUUCAGGAGGUUGAUUCAAGGUGGUGGAAAGGGGGUUUGGAUUUUAUAGAUUUAGUUAGAAAGAAAUCUGCACCUCAAGUUUCCCCUUUAAUGCUUUGGUUUAGCGGUAAAAUAUCUGGUCCUAAACCAGCAGCCCUGCUCUGAGGUAACACUGGGAGAUAAUGCACAGAAUGGGGUGACUUUGAGAACAUCUAGAUCAAAUUCCUCCUUAAAUACUCCUGCAAUCUGUUAAAGCCAAAACAAGGAAGAGAAAAGACAAAUAAUCGUUCAUAAGAGGUGAAGAUUCCUAAUUGGCACCAAAAUGGGAGCACUUAAUUUAUCUGACCACUGAAGAUGGGGAAUUAAGGAGAACAUUUCACAAAUCAUGGUCUUUUCCUUGAACCCACGUCCCAUCAGAGCAUCGAGGAGUUAAGGAACCGUUUCAGAACCUAAAGCCCUGAACUAAAGAUCAAUUCUUGCAAGUUCUGCAAGAAUGUACUGAACACGAGCAAUCUAGCCGAGAACAUCGGGACGGAGGAGUCCUACAGAAAGCACUUGAUGAAGAUCGUUCUUCACGCCUAUGUUUGUCAUCGUUUGUCUUUUUUUUUUAUAUAUAUAUAUAUAAAUCAUGUUUGUAUUUUUCUACCCACAGAGAAGCAUACAGAGAGAAAGCAGAGUGAGUGCAUGAAAGUGACAGAAAGAAAGUGUUUAGUUUAUCAUCCUGUGAGCGAUAAGAACCGCCCUGUUGUUACCAGGGAGGCUGAUAUGAAAUAACUGUGUGAUGAACACGGCUGACAGGUACUGUUAUCAACCUUUUUUUAAGACCUUUUCAUACAUAUUAUUAUUACUUUCAUUAUAACUGUAGUGCAAAUGUUAUCCACAGUAUAUUCACUCUGAGGCAUUAGGUAUUGCAGUAUGCUGUACAUUAAAUAGAUAAGACUUUUUCAUCUGUAAAAGGGAAGUAUGUCUUUAUGUACAGAAUAUAUAAGAACUGACCCAAACCACAGACUGGGUCCCAGGUCCAGUACUGUAACCAACACGUUCUGCUGAAAAUAAUGAUUAAAGACCUGUGGAGUUUUAAUGACACAUGCAGACAACCAUUUAUGCCUUUAAAUAGAUGAGUCACAUUAGUUAUUAUUAAAUAUCUUUUUGCCCUGUUAAAGAUAACUAAGGCUGCUCAAACGAUCGAAUUACUACUAAUGCUGUAGGUUUUAGGUUCAUUUAAGGCAUGAUUUCUUCUUUCAUAUAGAAAAUACCUGAAAAUUUUCUCGUCAAUCAGAAAACCUGUAAAAGAAAAUCUAUUUUGUUUUGAAUUUAUUAAAAUAAUUUAUGGUGCCGUGUAAAAUAAAGCCACUGCAGUCAGACUCCUGACUGACCUGCUAACAUGUUUAAAUAGCAUCAUAAUUAAAAGGUGACCUGGGACACUGCACCAGCUCGGUCCAAUCAAGACGUUCCAGCAGCCUGUACAACAAGCCGACGGUCUUCAUGUAUAUUCAACUUUGUAUGUCUCUGUGUGUUUUUAUGAAAACAUAACCUAGCAAUGCUCCUGGUAAACCAUUAUUAACUGUCCUAUGUUACAUGCUAUAUGCACAGUUAAACCUCUUGCUCAUCUGAACAGACUGUUUCUUCUUCCCUUAUGGAGAAUAAAACUCAAAAACUGUUUAUGACAAAA